ACCCCGGCGUGCUUUCCGUAACGCCUGCCGUUACUCCCGCUACCCCGAGCCUGUCCCCAGAGCGCUCUCCUUUGUCAGAAAAGAUGAAUGGAGCAUAGUAGCUGCAGCAUGAAGGGGUGACCGUGUCGCGCGUUAAGGGAUGAACCCCCCCAAAGUGCCGGUAGAAAACAGCCCUGGGCCUGGGUCCUGGCUGCGGUGCAGGAUGAAAGACUCCGCUUGAUGGACCCCGCUACGGAUAAAAACCGGAGAAGGCUGGGAGAGCAUCCUCGGGGGCAGGGUCCCACGGAUGCCCAGAGAUGAAGCGGCAAGGAAUUUUGAAAGGAAAUUUCAGUCUGAGCAGGCAGCUGGUUCCGUGUCCAAGAGCACGCAGUUUGAAUAUGCCUGGUGCCUGGUUCGAAGCAAAUACAAUGACGACAUCCGCAGAGGCAUCAUGCUGCUGGAGGAGCUGUUGCCCAAAGGAAACAAAGAGGAACAGCGGGACUAUGUCUUCUACCUGGCCGUGGGCAACUACAGGCUCAAGGAAUAUGAAAAGGCUCUAAAGUAUGUGCGAGGACUGUUGCAGACUGAGCCCCAGAACAACCAGGCCAAGGAGCUGGAACGCCUGAUUGAUAAGGCCAUGAAGAAAGAUGGACUGGUAGGCAUGGCCAUCGUUGGUGGCAUGGCCCUGGGUGUGGCAGGCCUGGCUGGACUCAUUGGACUGGCUGUCUCCAAGUCCAAAUCCUGAAGGCAGCCUCACCUGCUCUCUGCCCCAGGACGCCUAGGAGCCUGGGGGACACUGGAAGAGGGGCCUGUCCAUCCUCACCAUCGCCUUCCCUUUUCUCCCGCACCCCUGUCGUCCACCUCUCCAGUCUCCAUGACCCCCAGCCUCCCAGCCCCUGCACCUGUCGUUUAACCCUGUCAUGCUUUGCAAUGAGUGUAAAUAAAAUUGGGCCGUGGCUCGGGAA